AUGUCUCAAGAGAAGGUUAUUGACCUAGAGGAAGAAAUCUCUGAAGAAGAGGAUGAUCCUUUGGUUAAUCUUGUAAAACCUAGUGUUGCUGAGAAAUUGAGAACUAGGCAAGGGAAAAGUGUGGCUAAAAUGAGAACAGGAAGAGUGAAAAAGAAUGCUGGUAUAGGACCCUCAAAAGCUUGGAGCAAAGUUGAGGUUAGGAAAAGGAAAGAAAGAGAUAGCUCUGACUCUGAGGAAGAUGUCGAAGACGACGUCCCAGACAUAUCCCCUGCAAAAAGGAAGGCUGUUCAGAAGUCUCCUGGCAAGGCUGCUGCUGAAGAAGCAGAGAAGGCUGGGAGGGACUCAAAUAAAAGAUCAAAGUCCCAAUCCAGUGGCAGUUCUGGAAGCUCAGAAGACUCUGAAGGUGCAGGUGAAGAUACAAGUGAAGGUGAAGGUGAUUCUUCUUCUUCUGAUUAA